UCCGUCCCCCCCCCCCCCCCAGAAAACCGCUGUGGGUCUUUGGUUCCGGCUUCCGUCUGAGUUCCGGGCCGCACGUGGAAAGGCGGCGCUGCUCCAGGUCUUCGCGCACCCCGCUUCGGACCUCCCGCGGGGGUCCCCACCCCCGACACGAUGGGCGAGCAGCCGCUGGGCUUCGAGCUGGAGGUGCCGUUCCCCUCGGCACGCGAGGCGCGCAUCGCCUGGGCGGCCCUGAGCGCAGACCCCGAGCCGCGCGGCCGCGGCAUCUCCCGCGUGGAGGAGCUGCGCCUUGGAGGGGGCACCCUGGGCGUCCGCUGGAGCGCUGCAGAGGCGCGGAUCUUGCGCGUCUCCGUCUCCUCGUACCUUGAUCAUCUCGGCCUCGUGCUGCGUACCAUGGACGCGUUCGGCCCACCCCAGCCUGGAUCGGCCCAAAACAACUCGGCCUAGCGCGGGGCUCCCACAACCACUCGCAAGCUCACCCGUCUUGCCUGCCGGCCCAGGAAUCGCCCUGGGACGUUCCACCUGGGCUGGGAAUCUGCGUACUCCACCACCACCAUACUCUGUUGACUUAGCCCCUCCCUGUUCCAUCUCCCCCUCGCUUCCCCACCGUCCUUUAUCACUCGAAAGAUUUUCGUUUACAAAAUAUUGCACGUAGACAUGGGUGAGGUUAUGUGAUCCCAAGGCAACAUAAUACAGGGUGACCCAGUUAUAGACAUCCCGCUAAAAUAGGAAGGUUUUAUAGAGAUGAUCAUCUCAAAAUCUCGACACGUCUCACCUAUCUCCAUCAAUGCUACCACUUUCCUACUCUGUUCAACCGUAACAGCUUCCUUCCACAAUAUUUAGUCACCAGUUGAGAAGAGGGAUCAUUAGAAACAAUGGGGUAGCUAUGAAUGGAUCACCAUGUAAUUCUUUUUUGCACUGGCCUGGUUCACUCAAGCAGAGUGGUCAUGGAAACAUCGCCCAGACUUAAUGCAGUCCAAGUCGAGAUAGUCCACGCCGGUCCAUAUAAACCUUAGCCCCGCAGUCUAACUACUUUAUCACAGAUUAGCCCAGCCACACCCGGCAGACAGAGUGACCUCCGCUCAACGCCCAGUUAAACACAAGUAGCACAUGGGGGUGCGAUUGUCAGGUUUAAACGUCUCCAUGUUUCACAGCUGGGAUGUGUGCGUGUGUGACCGACGAAUUUAAAUAAAUGACGUGGGCGUUACACGUGAAUCUG